GCUGCCCUCCACGCCAUGAGCUUCCCGGCAUCGAGGAUUUUCGUCAGAUGUGACCUCUUUCCUGAAGAAUUUUCCAUCGUCGUAACCUUAAAAGCUCCCAGUCUCCCCCCGAAGAAGAACCAGUACUUGUUCACGGUGGUGGCGGAGGGGCCCGAUGCGCUGCUGCUGGGCCUGCGGUACUCGCCCACCCGGCUGCACUUCCUCUUCCUCAGUGAGGACAGGGCAGGUGCCUGGCAGACCCGUGUGUCCUUCCACAGCCCAGCCCUGAUGGACAGCCAGUGGCACACGCUGGUCCUGGCUGUGUCUGAAGACUCCUUUUCACUCACCACGGACUGUGGCGUCCCCGUGGACAUAAUGUCUGACGUGCCCUUUCCCGCCACCCUGUCAGUGCAAGGAGCCCGGUUCUUCGUUGGCAGCCGGAGGAGGACCAAAGGCCUGUUCACAGGCCUGGUGAGGCAGCUGGUCCUGCUGCCCGGCUCGGACGCCAGGGCGAGGCUGUGUCCCUGCAGGAACACCGACAUCGUGCUGUCUAUCCCCCCCAUCCUGCAGGGUCUCACCGGGGGGCCGGAAGACAACGAGGUGCUGAAAUACCCCUACGAAACCGACAUGAAGGUGACGCUGGGAUCCCGGCCUCCGUGCACCAAAGAGGAGGACGCCCAGUUCUGGUUUGAUGCCGGGCGGAAGGGGCUGUACCUGUGCGUGGGCAGCGAGUGGGUGUCCGUACUGGCAGCCAAAGAGAAACUGGACUACGUGGAGGAGCACCAGAGCCUGUUCACGAACUCGGAGACCCUGGGCAUCGAGGUCUUCGUCAUCCCCGAGGCCGGGCUCUUCGUAGCGACCGCCAAUCGGAGGGCCACGUCCGCCAUCUACAAGUGGACCGACGGGAGGUUCGCCUCGUACCAGCGCAUCCGCACGCACCAGGCCCAGUCCUGGAGGCACUUCACCAUCGGGAAGAAGAUCUUCCUGGCUGUGGCGAACUUCGACCCGAACGAGAAGGGCCAGGAGUUCUCUGUCAUCUACAAGUGGAGCCAGAGGAAGCUGCGGUUCACGCCCUACCAGAGGGUGGCCACCCACAGCGCCCGAGACUGGGAGGCCUUCGAGGUGGCUGGGGAGCACUUCCUGGCCGUGGCCAACCACAGGGAAGGUGACAACCACAACAUCGACAGUGUCAUCUACAAGUGGAACCCGAGGACACGCCUGUUCGAGGCCAACCAGACCAUCGCCACCUCCGGCGCCUACGACUGGGAGUUCUUCACCGUGGGUCCCUACUCAUUCCUGGUGGUGGCCAAUGCCUUCAACGGCACGUCCACGAAGGUGCUCUCCCACCUGUACAUCUGGCUGGUGGGCUCCUUCCAGCUCUUCCAGUCCUUCCCGACCUUUGGCGCCGCGGACUGGGAAGUUUUCCAUAUUGGAGACAGGAUCUUUCUUGCUGUUGCCAACAGUCACAGUUAUGACGUGGAGAUGCAAGUGCAAAAUGAUUCCUACGUCAUCAACUCCGUCAUCUAUGAGCUGAAUGUCACCGCACAGACGUUCGUCAAGUUCCAGGAAAUCCCGACCUGCAGCGCUCUGGACUGGGAGUUCUUCUCGGUGGGAGAAGAUUACUUCUUGGUGGUUGCCAAUUCCUUUGAUGGAAAUACCUUCUCCGUAAACAGUAUUAUUUACAGGUGGCAGGGGUACGAAGGCUUCGUGGCCGUGCACAGCCUCCCAACCUUCGGCUGCAGGGACUGGGAGACCUUCCGCACCACAGCUGGCUCCUACCUCGUCUACUCCAGCGCCAAGGAGCCCCUCUCCCGGGUGCUGAAGCUCAGGACGGGGUGAUGGGCCCGGGCCCCAGGAAGAGGACCCACCUCCCUGCACCCCAGAAUCCCACCUAAGAAGUCCUGGAACCUCUGCGGGGGUUGGGGGGGGGUGAUGAGCCCAGGCAGCAUCACUUCCAGAGCUGUCAUCUCACCGUCCCUGGCCCUCCUCCAGGGACAUCUGUCACCUCUCUGGCCUGGUAGCCAUUGCGGGCAGAAGCAGGUGACCCAUGGGCAUUCAGAUGGAAACCGGAGCUGCCCUGCACGUCUGGGUGCUUUGCAGGGGUUUCGCUUUAAAGGAAAAGUGCAUACAGUUUUUUACCUCAUAAGCAAAAGCCUGCUCAGCUUCCCCACGGAAGCCUGGACGUGGGGGUUGAAGAGGGCCAUCGAAUUCCGGCCCCACCACCCUGCCCCGGUCAGCAAGCCCAGACGGGGAACAGGCCUGAUGCUAUUCUACACAUUCAUACCAGCUAUUUAUUGUAUUUUGUCUACACCGAAUAUAUUUAUGAUGCU